UUGAUAGGAUAAAAGUAUUUACCCAAUUCAAUAAAAUUAAACUGGUUUAUGUUUUAUUUGCUCAAGAAGAGAUUUUAAGUUUACCCUAUUGCAUGUCAAAGAAAAAUAUCAUUUUUUUUAACCUUUGAUAGUAUCUAAGACAAGAGUCGUCAGCAAUCAUCACAACGGAGAAUCCUUAGUUUCAUCUCCAACUGUACUACUUCGGUUUGAACGUUAUGUGUCUCUAUGUUGGCAUAGUUUUCAAACUUAGUUUACUGCUAUUUUAAGCAAACUCUUAUGUAAAAACUUGAUUUUCAUUAAAAUGUCUUCUGAUUCUGCUGAAAACAAUACCCCUGCGCCAUGGAAGCUGGAAGAGGUUGUUUCAAUUAUUAUAGUGUGCAUUAUCUUUCUUACAGUGAGUGAUUGCUUCGGCGUAUUGAAGCGUCUGUUGUGUGGAAUUUUCCGAGGCAGAAACCAGGUUCCAAGGCGGUUUCUAGAUGUGACCGUUCUCGACGAUGAUCCUUCCAUGCAGGUUCAAAGCCGAGGAUUGGAGUUUUGUGUGGUUCAAUCUCUUCCAACGAUUGAGUUCAAGAAAAACGAGGUAGAACAAGACAAGGGAAGUAAUGUGGAAUGUGCCAUUUGUCUCGGAGAGUUUGAGGAAGGGGUGUUGCUGAAACAUCUUCCAGAAUGCAGGCAUAGCUUCCAUGUUCCAUGCAUUGAUAAGUGGUUUCAGUCUCAUUCAAAUUGUCCUCUGUGUAGAGCAUUUGUGCAUCAUCACUUGCUGCACUGUUCCGUAGAUUCUUCUCACACAUUGCUACAGCCUUUGAGCAGGGAAGACUUUGAAAGGGAAAAUCUGUCUAACACACAACAACAGUUCCUUCCCCCUUGAUUUACUCUUUGCUUUCAGUUUCGAUCAUUUCUGAGGUGUGAACCCUUGGAGACUUUGAGGAAGAGGAGAAUGAAUGAUACCAUGAUACCUGGUAAAUAGAAUUUGGAGGGAAAGCUAACAGCUUAAGAAGCCUCCGUUUGGAUGGUUAUACGUGUAUCAGAGAGCGUACGUAGCAUGAUAUGCACGAAUGCUUAAGAGAGCUGAAUUUGAAAUUCGCAGGUCCAUGAUCAACAUAGGUGUUGAAACUUGUAGUGCAGUAUAGUUUUUAAGUUGGUUCUAUAAUAAAAGCUAAAAUUUAUUUUCCAAUAUCUCACGUCAACCUUUAAUGCAGAAAAUUAAACAUGACUCUUGUUUUGAUUAAAAAAAUAGUAUUCAAAACUCCUAUAAUAUUAAGCCUCUUUCAUAUGAUGGCUUAAAUUUCACUACUUUUAUACGUGUUCAGCUUUAAAGAAAUGAGGUUCUUCAAAUACUUACUAAAUUUUGGGUAGAAAAUUUGAUUUCAUUACAAGGUGGAAAAACAGUCAAAACAAUAACUUGCACCUACUUCAAAUAAUUUUUGGCUAAUCACUGCUCAGACCAACCGUUCUGUUCAACUACAAAACAUGCCCAACUCUAUUUCACUUGCUCUGCUUUAAAUUUUCUAUUCACCUUUUCUUUCAUUUAAAUGAAUCGUGCAUUGAAGGAUUUGAACUCAUGAGCCUAGAGAAGUAUUUCAUGAAAUGGAAGAUACAAACUUCCUCAUUCUAUCAUAUCUCUUUCCAUUAUUCCAAAGACCUAUUUCAUGACCGGUGUUCUUCUAAUAUCGAAUUUCACCUGUAAUUCAUUCACAUGCUCAGCACCUAUGAACUCAAACCUUAUCACUAAAGGUAAACUCAAUUAGCAUAAAAACUAAGUUGAGUUAUUUCCUUGUUGACUGUUAGUUUUCGAAUUUGCUAAUCACCUAAACUUUGUCGGUUGACUAGCGAAGUGAAAAAAUUCUGUCAUGCCACAAUUUCGUUAUUGCCACCAGCUUUAGUACACUCAUUAACCUCACAUUCAACGAGUCGCCCAAGCACUAAAAAUUAUAAAAUUUUAACAUGCUCAUUUCAAGCAUCAAUUUAAGAGUCAAAAUUGAAACACGGUGUUUGCUUAGUGUCAACUGAACCAAAAGAUACAAAAUAAAAAAAC